GCAGCCGGAUUGAAGAGCAUCUGCAAUCUGGAUGUAAUGGUUAGAUGGGUAACUGCAAGUCUUCUCAGGUGUAUAAUCCCACUGCCAAGAUAAUAAUGGAGGAUGGAGAGCUGAAGGAGUUUGUGGAGCCUGUGAGAGUUGAAGAAACCAUGAGAGGAAGGAAUGGCUUCUUUAUCUGUCAUUCUGAUUCCAUUGAUAUCAACCAGUAUUUGUCUCCUCUUCCUCCACAAUACCAACUGAAAUUGGGUCACCUUUACUUUGAACUUCCUGUAAAUAAGCUUGAAUACCCUCUACCUGCUUCUGAUAUGGUUGCCUUGGCCACAAAAGCCUGUGCUGCUCUGAAACUAGCUCAUUCCAAAAGCAGUUGUUGCUGUAAAAUCAUGGUGUUUUCCAGCAGAAAUAAAUUACAGUUUGGAGGUGAACAUGAAGAAUUGAACAGUGAAAAUGGAUCAGCAACGAUAAGGACAAAUAUGGGUAUCAAGCGGAUAGACAUGAUUGACUGCAAGACGUGCAAAUCGAGGCUCCCCACCAUACCAGAGGGCUUGGCUUCUUGAUUACAUCGAAAGGGACGUUUGCAUUUACAGACACGUAUUUAGGGUAUGUCUGUG